AACUUUUCGCAAGAUACUCGGGAGGCUCUCCAUGAUGAGCUUCGGGGAUUUUGACGAGCUGGAUUUCCUGAGGAACCGAAGUCAAAGUAUUCACGGUCUCUCGGGUAUCAACAUGACCGAGGUGCUGUACGAGACGAUGCCGCGCUGCGACGAGCUCAUGACCAACUGCUGGUGGCGCAACAGCGAUCGCAACUGCUGCGAGAUCUUCGAAGUACAGCGGACCGAGUACGGAUUCUGCUACUCGUUCAAUUCGGAAGUGGCGGAGCCAUCCUCGUCACGAGCUCCACGCGGCGGCGAUCGCCAGUCGGAGUCGCGACCACGAAAAGCGUCCGGUUACGGUGAGUGGAGCGGUGUCAAGGUUACGAUUCACCUGGGAAACAUAACGAAGCCACCGGAUUCCGUCGAGAUCAAUGGUAUCAAGGUAAUAAUAAACGAGCCACAUGUCUGGCCCAACAGCGGCACCAUGAUCCCGUCGGGUUCGUUGGUCAGUUUAUCCGUGGACUGCAUCUCCGGCUUCGCCACCCAGAGCGUGCUCGUGCUGGACGAGAACAAGGCACCGUGCAAGUAUGACCAGACCGGCAUGUACAACCAGGAGAGCUGUCUGUCGCACUGCAAACGCACCUACGUCAUCAAGCAUUGCGGUUGUAACCCGUCGUUCCUGUUCCCCUUAACCUCGGAGCGUGACUGCAACGCGGAGGAUUUCGUCUGCUUGGCCGAUUUCAACGUGUCUUUCGGCGGUAUAAUCGGCUUAUUUCUGGGCGGCUCGUUGCUCAGCGUCGUCGAGUUACUUUACUACAUAAUGGUGGCCGCGUUUUCGUCCCUCCGCUCGCGGCAAAGGACCAGGGCGGAAUCGAGGACGCGUACGAGCAGCACGCCGAUCGUCCACACAGCGGUACUGCCCAUCCUGGAUUACGGCCCGCUAAAGCCGCCAGCGAGGAGAAUACCGAUUUUCGCGAAUUACGGCCUCGCGAAAUCGAAUUUGAACAGAUAUUGA